AUGUCGCUCCAGCGGCGCUCGGUCGACACGCUCCUGUCGCGUGCGUGCGCCCAUAGUGCGCUCGGACCGCAUGACCCAGCGACGUCGCGGACGUUCCUGCGCGAGAAGUGUCGUGUGCUUGUAGUCGGCGCGGGUGGCCUUGGAUGCGAGAUUUUGGCGAACCUUGCCAUGAUGGGAUUCGGACACAUGGACGUGAUUGAUAUGGACACCAUUGAUGUGUCGAACUUGAACCGGCAGUUCCUCUUCCGCGAGUCUGACAUCGGGCAGCCCAAGUCGACAACGGCUGCAGCGUUUGUGCAGAAGCGCGUGCCUGGCGUACACAUCACACCGCACGUGUGUCGCAUCCAGGACAAGGACGAGGCUUUCUACAUGCAGUUCCACCUCAUUGUGUGCGGCCUCGACUCAGUCGAGGCACGGCGCUGGAUCAAUGCCACACUCGUUAAUAUGGUCGACGAAAGUCGUCCUGAGUCGCUCAAGCCCCUCAUCGACGGGGGCACAGAGGGGCUCAAAGGGCAGGCACGCGUCAUCCUGCCCACCAUCACCAGCUGCUACGAAUGCAGCCUGGAUAUGCUGCCGAAGCGCACUGUCUAUCCCGUGUGCACAAUCGCCAACACGCCCCGUCUCCCAGAGCACUGCAUUGAGUGGGCCAGCGUCUUGGAGUGGCCGCGCGUGCGCCCCGGGCAGAAACUCGAUACCGACGACCCCGAGCAUAUCCAGUGGGUCAUGGAUACGGCGCUGGCCCGCGCUCAGGGCUUCCACAUUGACGGCAUUAACUGGUCACUCACGCAGGGCGUCAUCAAGAACAUCAUCCCCGCCGUCGCCAGCACGAACGCCAUUAUUGCUGCUGCAUGCACGCAGGAAGCCUUCAAGAUCGCCACGUCCACCGCACCCUAUCUCAACAACUACAUGAUGUAUGCGGGCAACGAAGGCAUGUAUACCUAUACGUUCGACUAUGCCCGGCGCCCCGACUGUCCGGUCUGCGGUAGCAUCUCGCGCGCACUCGCGAUGCGCAGCGCCGACACCCUCGAGAGCCUCGUGGAUCUCCUACGGGAACUGCCCGAUAUGUACGUGUCCCCCACUCACCAUCAGCCAGUGCAAGCGGCCCACCAAGAGGCAACGCGCGCGAAUCUCGAGCUGACACUUGCGCAACUGGGCCUGCACGAUAAGGACGCGUCCGGCGAGAUGCCCUCGGCGGCCCAGUCUGCCGUGCUCAUGCGCUCGGAUCCCCUCCCAGAGAACACACCGCAGGCUCUGGGUCCACAGUUUGACACGCAGGACCCCCGAGAUGCGUUUGCACUCAUGAGCAGCAUGGGCUCCAUUGGCUUCCAAGGCACAUCCGUGGCGGAGGCCGUGCGAAUUAUCGAGCGCAUGGAGGAAGCAGGUUUGUCCGAAAACGACCCGCGCCACCCCAACAACGUUCGCUGCACCAUCUUGCUGGGCUACACCUCGAACCUGAUCUCUUCCGGCUUGCGCGAAGUUAUUCACUUCCUCGUGAAGCACAAGUAUGUCUCGGGCAUUGUUACCACGGCGGGAGGCGUCGAAGAAGACUUUAUCAAAUGUCUCGGUCCGACCUAUCUCGGCCAAUUUCACCUGGAUGGCUGGUCCCUCCGCAAGCAGGGGCUGAACCGCAUUGGCAACCUGAUUGUACCGAACGACAACUAUUGCAAGUUUGAGGACUGGGUCAUGCCAAUCCUCGACAAGAUGCGCGCCGAGCAAGAUACGGCGCCACCAGAGGAGAAUGGCGAAAAAUUUGCGUGGACGCCCAGCCGUGUUAUUGAGCGUCUAGGACACGAAAUCAACGACGAGCGCAGUGUCUACUAUUGGGCCGCAAAAAAUGGGAUUCCCGUGUUUUGCCCUGCACUUACAGAUGGAUCCCUCGGGGAUAUGAUCUACUUUCACUCCUACAAGAACCCGGGCCUGACCAUCGACAUUGUGCGAGACAUCCGGCGCUUAAAUGACAUCAGCGUCAAGGCAAAAAAGGCAGGCAUUAUCAUUCUAGGUGGUGGUGUUUGCAAGCAUCAGAUUGCCAAUGCUAUGCUCUUCCGUAAUGGUGCAGACUUUGGCGUCUACAUCAAUACCGGCCAGGAGUUCGACGGGUCCGACAGCGGAGCGCGACCUGACGAGGCAGUGAGUUGGGGCAAACUCAAGAGCAAAGAAAACGGAGGCGAUACUGUAAAAGUGUACUGCGAUGCUACGAUUGUAUUCCCCUUCAUUGUGGCCGCCACAUUCGCCAAGGCCCACUGGGACGAGAGGCGUAGCGCCCAGCCAUAG